AUGGCCACCACCAACAAUGCCACUACUAUUGAUGAUAUCAAGCGGUCGCAUCGUAGGCAAAGACGAAUGACUAUCGAGGCUUCCUUGGAUCGUUUUGACCCACAGAUGACUGAUACCGAGCUCAAAUCGGCGCCACGAUUAUUGGCGGACGAUGAACCAAUACAAUCGCUACCCCCAAAAACACCAGCCUCUGCACCCCCGGUUACUUCGUUCAAUGAUUCAUCGGGAAUGACCUCUAAAGAAGCAUCAUCAAAUCCACCUUGCGAGGGUGGCUUUAAUUUGGUCUUGCGUCCAAUGAUGCGACAACCAAGUGCACUUACGUUUUCACCAUUUGAUCUUGACGACGACGACGAAGAUGUCGAUGUCGAUGACGACGUGGAAUCGGUCACUGGCAAAGAGAAUACUGCGAAUAACACCACCAACAACAAGAACAUUAUUGUCAGUCCGAAACCAAUGACAAAUACGAUCGAAACUAAGAUUUCCACAAAUGUUGAGUCAUCCAACUACACCAAUCCCAAAAUUCAGACUUUGGCUCCAUCCACAAGCAAAACGAGCAAGUCCAAGAAGGAUCGCAAGACAAACAAGAAGAACAAGAAGAGUAGCGCUGAGAUCAGACCUUUGCUUCCUUCGAGUGGAACUCUUUCUCGACUCCCGCUAGUCACUUCCAAACGGAAAACCAAGCGAGCCUCCACAGGAUCCGCCUUGACAAUGGAAGAUGUUGGGAAUCAUUCUUCUACUACUGACACAAAAGCAUCGCUGUCAAUAGCACGGGAUGGAUUUUCCAAGUCUCGAAAAGGAAGAAGCAAGUCACCAUCGUCGAGACUGCAAGAGGGCAAGAGGGAAUCA